AUGAUUUCUUUCGGUCCAAGGCCUUCGCGACUAGCACGCGGUCCUCUGCCGCUGGCGGCACGAUCGCAUGUCCGACACUUCCACCCGACGAAACCUGCUCCGUGGAUCAAUGAAGCUCUUGACGCUUCUGCGGCCGUGAUACACGGUGUCCAUAACACCACCGGCCUGCCAUGGGUUGCGUCAAUUCCCUUGACGGCCCUGCUGGUGCGAACCGUGGUCGGGUUGCCUUUGCAAAUGUACAUCAAAUCCCAUGCGCGUCGCGAACGAGACAUUGCGCCACUCAAACAGGCCUGGGCGACUUGGUCAAGCUCGGAAAAGAAGAAAAGAUCAAAGGGAGUGUCGGAUGUUGCCGUGGUGCCCAAAAUCUCCGAUAUUAACCGACAAUAUUCUGCGAGUAUCACGGCUCUUCAGCGGCGAUGGAAUAUCUCGACGAUGUACCGCUUCGCGCCCUUUUUGCAACUACCAGUAUGGAUCAUGUUCAUGGAAAGCAUCCGAGGCAUGUCUGGAAAUAAAAACGGGUUGAUUCCGUGGCUUCUUUCCUUGGUGGAGGGGAACACGGACGCUACAAAUUCUCUCCAUCUUACUAUAGAACCAACCUUCGCGAAUGAGGGCGCGUUGUGGUUCCCCGAUCUUCUUGCGGGUGACAGCACGGGGAUCCUGCCGGUAGUCCUGGCUACUUCUAUUCUCCUCAAUAUUCAAACAGGCUGGAAGUCCACUGCACGCGCGGAUCUGGCCGAUAUGCCUCGUCUUGAGAUGUUUCGGGCUGUCUCCUUCAACGGUUUGCGUCUGUUCGUCCAAAUCCUUUCCCUGAAUGUGGGAUUGUCAAGCUGGUUCUAUGAAAUGCCCGUGGCUUUGAUCAUCUACUGGAUCAGUAGUUCAAACAUUGCUACCUUGCAAACCUACCUUUUGGAGAAGAACAUGUUUAUGAAGCCGCCAUUGCCGUUGGCUUCAAGGCGCUUUGUUCAUUUCAAUGAUCCCAACGCCCAGGAUCCGUUCCAAAUCAAAUUGCGCUGA